GGCCCUUUAAGCUGAGGGGAGUCCGCUCGCAGGUUGAGUCCUUCUUCUCUCCAUGGCCCUUCAUGAAGUAGACCAUGGCCUCAUCAGCCAACUACUGGUGGAUUCAGAAGAGAAUCUUAGUGUGUGCACUGAGAAAAUGCAGCCCACAUCUCCAUAUAACUGGAGUGCUGACUGGAGCUUCUGGAUCUCAAGUUCUACUUACAAAUAUCGGAAUGAAGAAUUCAAGAAACAAUUCUCACAUCUGCCAGAUUUGGAAAGGCUCGUAGUGGAUUAUGCCUGUGCCCUCCAAAAAGAUAUCCUCCUUCAAGGACGCUUAUAUCUGUCUGAAAACUGGGUCUGUUUCUACAGCAACAUCUUCAGAUGGGAGACUGUGAUUUCUAUCGCUUUGAAGGACAUAACCUUCAUGACCAAAGAGAAGACGGCUCGGCUUAUUCCAAAUGCUAUCCAAAUUGCUACAGAAGGGGAGAAGUUUUUCUUCACUUCCUUCAGUGCCAGAGACCGAACCUAUCUCAAUAUAUUUCGAUUAUGGCAGAAUGCAUUGUUGGAGAAGAGAUUAACCAAACAGGAAUUCUGGCAGCUUGUAACCCAGAGCUAUGGCUCCGAGCUUGGCUUGAAUACAGAAGAGAUGGAAAGCAUUUAUUCAUCAUCUGAAGAGAAUGGACAAUUAAGAUCUAACCUUAGUGAUGAAUCUGGAGAUAAGGAACCAGCUAAAGCUGUUGGUGUAGUUCAAGAAUCCAUUGCUCAGACUGAAGUUGAGACAGAAUUUCUUAGUGGAAAUGCACUUUUAGAAGAAGCUGAACCAGAGGAAUGUCAUUAUGAUAAGCAAGACAGGAGGAAUUCUUUGAGUCCUUUAGAAAGGAAGCUCUCUGAAGUUGUACCACACAAAGUUUCAGUACAGUCCUCGGAUCUAAAUAAGAAUUUCCUUGAAGAGAAGAGCAGUGCCUCAGAAAGCGAUGAAGAAG